AACCACUAAAUAAAAUAAAAGGUUUCAUGACUUGACUUCAACAGAUCGAUCUAGUUCACUCCUUCCCAUCUUAUAUUUAUUAUUAUUUGCAUCGAUCAUCAUCUUCCUUAAGCUAACAACAAUGGCUAAUUGCUGUUUGAUUACAACUUACAUUCUCAUAUGCAUCUUCACCUUUACAACAACCAUCAUUGGGAUUGCGGUCAUGGCUAAAAACAAUUGCACCGCAAUUCUUCAAACUCCCUUCAUAGUAGUCGACUCCGGCAUCCUCAUCUUAUCUCUGGUGUUUUUAAUAUGCUCUGCCUACGACAAUUGCAAGAGAUUUGCAAAAUUUGGUCUCACUCUCAUGAUUCUCUUCACGGUAGGAUUCCUUGUCCUUAUCUUUUACAACAUGUCUAUCAUGAGUCAUGGAAAGGGUGUUUAUUUGCCUGAUCGAAGGUACGAUGAGUAUCAACUUCACAAAUACUCGAAACCCUUUCAAAAGAUGAUCGAAAAUUCCAACACAUGGAAUCAGAUCGAGAAGUGUUUGAAACGUAGAAACGCAUGUAAGAGGCUUACUCGUAAAAAGGCUAACAAUACAUUGAUGGAGUUCUAUACUAAGCCUUUGACACCUAUUGAGUCGGGAUGUUGUAAGCCGUCGUAUUAUUGUAAUUUUACGUACGUGAGUCCUACCAAUUGGACAUCGACGGUGAAUUCGUCGUUGACGAACCCGGAUUGCCAAACGUGGAACAACGAUCCAAACACUUUGUGUUUUAAUUGUAAGGCGUGUAAAGCGGGUGUGCUUCAAGAUUUUAAGCAUCAUUGGAAGAAGAUCUUUGUGCCAAUUCAGUCACUUGUUAGUAUUGGAAAUAGCCCAUUUAGUUGAACUUUUGGGGUUCCAACAAUUCUCCAUAUGGUUUGGGAGAAUUCCUUUGUUAGUACAAAUUUCUAAUAACGGCUUUAAAACUUUUUUAUUCA